CUAAGUGACAUUUCUGUGGCAUUUAGGCAGCAGCUGUGGAUGGGAAGUUGCCUCUCUUUGCUCAAAGUGUCACAUAGAGUAUUGGCUCCACGCGUGACGCUUUUAAUGAUGAUUAAUGUACCGUGCUCAGGUGUGUGCACUGUAAACGUGUGUGAGGGAGCAGAGCGGACACGAAGAGAGAUGAUCGGAGGAGCGGAGUCUCAGUGAACAGAGCGAAGCGAUGGAGAGAUGCUCCAUCUCUCCUGUCGCACGACUGACUGCCCUCCGCUGCCUCGUCUCCCUCCUCCUGCUUGCUCUGGUGUCACUGCCCUCCACCUGCAACCGUGACGACAGUGAGGGAGAGGAGCAGGUGGACGCCCUGUCUGUCCAGCUGUCCGUCACGGCCCAGGUCACUCCUACGCCUCUGUGGGCGGUGGUGUGGGGUCCCACGCAGCCUCUGGAGGAUGAGACCUACCACUUUCUCUCCAGCCAGGAGACUGACCAACUGCACCAGCAUGGCAGCCCGCAGGAGGCCAGCACCGCCAGGUCAGACUGGCCUGCGAGCAUGCAGCCCCGAGAGGAGUCGCCGCUGGAGUCUAAGGACCGCGAGGGAGUGGAGGAUGGAGGGACGGAGGCGGAGGAGACAGAGCCUGAGGAAGUGGACCCUCAGUUCUACGUCACCGUGACCAUCUCUUCGGUGCUCAUCCUGACGGCAGUCGUCAUUACAGCCAAACUGUGUUACGAUCGCAGCUGUUCCCAGCAUCCACCCCCGCUUUCCCGUGGCGUGGCCCCCCCACUCUCCCUCGCUCUCCCUCGCUCCCUCGCUUCGGAGGACAGCCGGCAGACGUUGCACAGCACCUCCUCCUCCUUCACCGACAGGGAGAGGAUCCCAGUUGUGAACCUCUGAGGUGACUGUUUUUCCAUAUGGUAAACAUUUCUGCGGGGCCUGAGGAGGAACAUCAACAGGACCAGGGGGUGUGCCCGCAGCGCCGUUUUAUUUUCUCUGAAACUGUGAAAUGAAUCCAGGGGUCCCAGGUAUGCAGCCAUCACAAAACUCCCUGGCUUCCCCGAGGUCUGAAAAACCCAAACACAUCUCCCUGCUGCUCCCUCCUUCCUUCCUUCCUCCCUUCCUCUGUGCUUGGUAUAAAUUUCUUUCAUGUGGCUCUGCGUCACUGUAACCUGCUCCGUUUUCUAUCCCCUGUAUGGCCCCGAGCUCCGCGCCUGGACCCGCCAUGACUAAUUCACAAACAAGCAGUUUAACAGACCUGCAACAUCCCAUUACCCCUAAAAUACCCUACCUGUGCUUCCACAGCUGUUUCCAGUGAUUCAGCUGCACAUGUGAAGCAGUUCAGUAUUCAUUCUAAUCCAGCAGACUGUUCUUUCAUGAAAACACACUCAAAUUGAGUUUAGUUCAGCAAGCUUGUAUCUGGUUCACAAAUGGUUAAAGAGCCAUUCUCAGCAUCUCCAAACACUGAACGGGGUAUUUCACAAAGCUGUUUGGCACGGCUGUAGCCAACAGGCAAUGUGUUUAACAUGUCACGCUCCAAAAACUGCUGUUUAUUCCCCGCUUUGGGCGCCUGAAAUGCAAAUAGUGUGGCUUUUUUCCUCCGCAGCGUGUAGAGGAGUCUGUUUUGUUUCAGUUUUUCCUCAUGAUUUGUUUUCUUAAUUAUCUGGCUGACGUUCACCUCUUUGUCAAGCCUUUGUGAGCAUCCUCUGUUCUUGCUGGACUGUGUGUUAAGCAUAGAGUACUUCCAAUGGUGGAGAUAAAAUAUUCAGAGCGGGAAUGGAUGGAAGAGGCAUUCCUGUUGAAAAUCAAUGAUUCCCAAAGGUUUUGGAUGGUACACAACAAAGACAGAUUUAUGUCCUGAUGGAAAUGAGCAUCUGUGAACUGAUCAAAGGACUGAUGUUACCACAACAAGGAUUUUUUUUCCACCUGACAGCCAAGUAUUUCAAUCUGGAAAACAAAACCACCAUAAUUUCCCUUCAUAUCAUGUUUCAAGUCACUUAUAUCGACUGUCUUGGUUUCACCAAAGGAAAGUAGUAGAUCAAGCAGCAUCAUUUCUGUCAAUCCAAUGAAUCUGCAUGUAUACAGUAAGAAAACCUGUGAGAGUAGCUUUAAAUCUAUUAUUUAUAAAUGUCUAUUUUAUCUAUCAGUGAGUGAUGUCUUAUAGAACCUUUCAAAGCCAAAAUGUCAGUUUGUGUUUGGCAACUUUUUCUAAGCAGCUUUGAGACAUGACCCCCCACUUACACACAUUUCCACUUCAGACAUAGUGCUGGUGGCAUCAUGCGUGGCUCGUGCAAUCCUCCGGAUAUCCAGUCUUUGUGAUUUUUAGUAGCAUUCCUGUAGAAAUGUGGUCUUUCUGUACCAUGGAAGUUCAAUAAAGACUCAACACUGGCGUUUUA